AACGCAAUUUCUAAAAAAAAUCAAGAGUUAUGGAAACCUUAAAAGUUUUAUUUGCAAUUGUUGGAAUAAUUUCCAUCUACAAUUUGAAUAUUUUCAUAGAAGGAGAGGAUGCUGAAGUGGGCGAUUGUUACUAUCCUUGUACCUACAUUUUUCUCCCAGUUAACUGCAGUUUGCGGAUACAAUGGAAAUGAAUACAAAUAUUUUGGUAACGAAUGUUUCAUGAAGGGAUACAAUGAAUGCAAUGAAGAGAAUUUCGAGGAAAGUGAUGAAAGCAACUGUCUGGAAUUUAAUGAAGAAGAAACUUUUGCAAGAAAUGUAAAGUUGGAUCAUUCUAAUUCAAUUGAGUGAAAAAGCUGACC